GGUGGGUGGUGGCUUCCGGAUUUCAAAACAAAUCCUUUGGCUAUAUCAUUCCAUAUUAGGCAAUGUUUAAGUUGAUUCCCUACCAUACCUGACUUUAAAACUCUUAUUUUUAACCACAGCUAGUCAUUCGGCGAGUGCAGGUCUAUUAUAAAUUAAAAGGUUCUAACUAGAUUUAGGACUAGUGUGUGCUCACAAAGUUAUUGAAUGUGUGCUCCACCUGAACGUUGAGCCGUGGAGUCUUGAACAUAAGCAUAUCUCUAAAGAGCAGAAAUGAUUACACUGAUCAUAGUCGGCACCACUUUGGUCCUAUCGGUGGGGGCACUAUACAAGUACAUGACUGCCAACCAAGGCGUAUUCAAAAAGUUGGGAAUCGAUCAUCCGCCAACUUCCUGGUUUUUCGGAAACUUGAGUUUGGCCUUCCAGCACGGAGUUUUUGAUAUUCAGAAAGUUCUCUAUAAGCAAUACAAAGAUCACAAGGUUUAUGGAUGGUAUGAUGUCAGAAGGCCAUUGAUGGUCAUCAAGGACUUGGACAUGGCCAAAGACAUCUUCAUCAAAAACUUCAACAACUUCGUGGAUCGCUACCAAAUCUUCGAUGCUGACCCACCUUUCAAAGACAAUUUACUCAGUUUGUCAGGCAACCACUGGAAACACGUCCGUGGGGCCAUCAGCCCAGUUUUCAGUGCCUCUAAAAUAAAGAAAAUGUCUGGGCACAUUGAGCGCAACAGCAAAAUCUUGUUGGAAAAUUUGAGACAAUGCCAAGAAACUGGUCAAGAAGUUGAGCUCAAAGACAUCUGUUCCAACUUCGCUCUUGACGUCAUUGCCAGCACUGGGUUCGGCUUGGAGAUUAACACUCAGAAAGAUCCCAAGAAUAAAUUCGCCAUUGAAGCCAAAAAAGUCAUGAACCCAAAUCCUUUACUAUUUACUUUAAUCUAUUUCUUCCCAGUGGUGAAGACUUUGUUGACAGCAGUAGGAAUACCCGUGCUGUCUCAGAGAUCAUUAGAGUACUUUGCUGAAUUGAUAGAUCAGGUGAUCGAAGACAGAAAAAAGGAAGAGCGAAUGGGCACUGUCAAUGACUUUGUAGAUCUUGUUAUGAGAGCAGAAGCCGAGUCUGAACAACCAGGUGUGAAAAAAUUGACACGAUCGGAAAUUCACGGACAAGCUUUACUCUUUAUACUGGCAGGGUUUGAAACAGUGUCAACUGUGUUGUCCUUCACCUUGUUCUAUCUGGCCUUGAACCCAGAAUGUUGUCAAAAAGCUCAGGAAGAGGUGGACGACAAAUGUGGCGACAAAUUUCCUGAUUACGACGAGGUCCAGUCACUGACCUACUUAGACAUGUGCAUCAACGAGGUCAUCCGGUUGGCGCCGCCCGGUUUUUUUAACAACCGGAAAUGUGUCGAGGAUACGGUGAUACACGGGGUACAAAUCCCUAAGGAUAUGGUCGUAGGCGUGCCGGUGUACGCCAUUCACCACGAUCCGGAAAUUUAUCCGGAACCUGAGAAGUUUGAUCCAGAACGUUUCAACUCUGAGAACAAGGCGUCCCGGCAUCCAAUGGCUCACCUGCCUUUUGGUCACGGUCCACGUAAUUGUGUUGGCAUGAGACUGGCUCUUUUAGAGCUUAAGAUGGUCUUGGUAACCAUACUACAGCAACUGACCCCUGUCCCGUGUAGCAAAUCAGUAUAUCCAAUCAAACUCAGUAAAAUGCAACUAAAAGCUGAAAACGGAUUGUGGGUAAAAUUUAUACAGCGUCGAUAAUGGCCACAUAGUAUCAUUAGCCUUUGAACUAUUUGUUAAUAGUAGUUUCAAGUCAUUUCAAAAUUACAUUUCAAUAUUACAUUUUAUGAUUACAUUUCAAUAGUACAUUUCAAAAUUACAUUACAAUAUUACAUUUCAAUAUUACAUUGCAAUAUUACAUUUCAAUAUUACAUUUUUCAUAAAUCAGUUUAUCAAGAAAUACAACCCAAAUGCAGUUUACGAAUAAGUAGAUUAUCCUAAAAGAGAUAGAUCACUUAUGGCCAUAACACGAAGUGGCAUGAAAAGAGUGGAACAAGCGAUCUACAGUGAACAGAACUGAAAUAUUUCGAACGAAUAAUUAUAAACUGAUCUUUUAACUUGACAAUGCUUGAUUUCUAGUUAUGAACAGUACCAGAAUGGGAGAUGUCAUAUUUACAAAUGUAAUGCAUGUUAAGUUUUGUUAAAAUCUGAUGGUUUUUAUUCCUAAUCAAUCCCUCGUCAUAACUUUAAUUGAUAUAAAAAUUAUCUGUGUCAAUUAUCACCUUUUAUAUUAUACGAAGAUUGUUGUUAAUGUUUGAAUUUAUUUUUUUUAAAUCAUAAUAGACAUAUAUAAAAUGUUCAAACUAGGGUGUAAUAUGAUUGUAAGGCUCACACUGUUCAGAAAUCUAUGAACAAAUGUAAUCUGUUAACUUGGUUUGAUCUACUCCUUGGAAACGCUGUUGUGAUGUUUUCAUCUGCUGAAUGCUUGACUCUUGACUAACCAUUGAAAUUAUUCUCAAUGUGAAAUAUCUGCUCAACUAUUCAGAUACUGGCAUAUCUUGUGUUGCUUUAUAUUCUAGAAUCUAACUAAUAAUACUAAACUUGUCUUCAAAUUUUAAAGAUUAAGGAGUGCAGCAUGUCCCAUGGUUACACAAACCUUGUUGUAACCUACAUGUUUUACCACAUGCAACGCAGACAAAGCAAUUGUCUGCCGGUGGGCUAUUUACGUUUUCUUUAAUUCUACCUGUGUCUUCGACAGAGCUUAAUUUAUAUUCUCAAUUGUAUAUCCCGCCUGCUUUGCACCAGAUAUCCAGCAAAUAAUUAAUUAGCAGAUAACAAGCAUAUAAUUGAAGUGUUGAUCGCAUCCUCAUCGACCUUCAUUUGAAUUUGACCUGUUCAUAUCCUCCAAUUAAAAGCAUUGGAUAAAAGUAACGCACUUGCGCUUACUGCGGGAAUGAUACAUUACUGAUUCAGAGCAAAUCAUUUCUCUUGCAGGUCCCAAUGGACUAUAUAGUUUGGCUCCGAAUGAAUCAAAUCUUUAAAUGCAUGUCGUCAUUUUUUGUUGUUGUAUUCUUGGUAUUAUCAACAUGACUAUAAUUAAAUUCCUGGGAGUCUCGGCUUAAGUAGCUAAAGUCCAUUCUUCCAAAAGCCCUGGACAGAUACCCUGCGAUUAUUCGUGAUGCAUGUCAAAAACAUGUGACUUUCCAGACUUGUCGAAACGGAAUUCAGCAAUCUUGGAUAGUCUUCCCUCGCGAAUCAGGGGCGUCGUAAGUUGAAGUUUGACCUGAACUAUGUAAAAUAUGAACCAAUCGGACAAACGUCCCAUUCGGCACUGUGCUAUAAAUAUCUUGUUCAGGAUUAGGCAGCCUCCACCACGGUGACUCCCAAUCAUGUGCAUCUCAUGUCCCAAUCGUGUGCAUCUCAUGUGUUCCUAAACUACGAGAGACUUCGGGAAAUUGUCCCAGCACUGAAACUUUUUCUAUUGUUUGGAUGUCGCUAGAGAAACUCGCGGGCUGCUAACUGGGUGGUGUUAGACCUUUCUGGCGAUCAAAACAUCCUGCAACGGUAUCGCCAAUGACACCUUUAUGACGUUUCGUUUAGAACUUUACUAAUCUUUAUUUAUAUUCUUAUACAUGCGUAGUGGGUGUUGCUUUCCCUUUUCAGUAUUUCGAAUUAAUUUUGUUUCUUAAGUUUCUCUUCUAAGGUGGCAUUCACACAAAAACGUCAAAGUAUGAAAGCCACCUAAAUAAUGUGAGGCUUAGUUUUCGCUGAAACAAACAGAUCCAGAAAGCACAUCAAUUAGCAUACAAAUCUGUUUCUAUAACUCCAAAAUGUUUCUGUUGAUCGCUCUCCAAGUAAUGUGCUUAAAGACUGUAAAUGUCAUUUGUAUAGUAAAGCGAGACGUCAUGUGGCCAGCACAACGGCCAACCGCCUUUACUUUCUCAAACAAGGGUCUUGAGACAUUAUAUUUGGGUGUCCUCAGGGACGUCUUGAGACAUUAGAGUUGAGUGUCCAAAAAUUUCCGGAAUUCAGACUCCCAGCCUUCACCGAUAUUCGAACCUGAGAUCAUCUGGUGCAAUAGCCUAACACUUUAACACUUUGUACAAUAUUUUCUUGAGUUUUACCUUUGGUUGUAUGCUUUUAUUUUACGAAGCUUUGAGCUGAAUUACAUAGGGUCACAGUAAUAAUGAUAUGAAAGAUGUGUGAUAAUGUAGGAUUUGUUUGUCCACAAUAAACAGCUUUCAAAUGAAUGCAUAAUGUA